CCUCCCCGCACCCCCCCCUCCCCUCAGGGCAUGGCGAAGAGCUUGAGGAGCAAAUGGAAGAGGAAGAUGCGGGCAGAGAAGAGGAAGAAGAACGCGCCUAAGGAGCUGGAGCGGCUCAAAAGCAUCUUGCGGACCAAUGCGGACGUGGUCAUGGAAGAGGUCAAGGAGGUGGCCACUGUCCUGCCCGCGCAGAAGGUCCUCGAGCAGGCGGAUGACUGCAAAAUGGACACAGAUAACAAAAGAAACAAAAAAACUCUUCUAGACCAGCAUGGACAGUACCCAAUAUGGAUGAAUUCUAGGCAGAAAAAGAAGCUCAAGGCACAACGUGUUAAAGGGAAAAAGAAAGCAAAGUUGGCCAAAGGCUUAGCCUGGUAGCCUGGAGGAUUUUUGUAAAAUGUUGA